AUGGAUAGGAAUUUGAUGAAACUUACAAAUAGAAGGUUGCAGAAAUAUUUAGAUGGACUCCAACAAUUUUUGAAUUUCGCAUCUAACCACGCAAACCCGGAUGGAAUGAUUUCAUGUCCAUGUAAACAAUGUGUGCAUACAAAUUCGUGGCCUAUAGAUGUUGUACGGGCUCACUUAGUGUCAAAAGAGAUUUGUAGGGGUUAUAACUCUUGGAUUUUUAAUGGGGAAUUAUCAUUAGCACAGACUUCUUCUAAACUUCCUAAUAAUCAUGUCCAAGAAAACCCAAUAGAAUAUGCCAAUAUUCAUGACAUGUUGCAUGACAUGUUCCCCAUACAAGAUAUGGCGUCUAGGAUAAUGGAAGAAGUCCCUAUUAUGCAACAACCCAAAGAAGGUCCUAAUGAAGAUGCACUUUGGUUUACGAAAUUACUUGAAGAUGCUAAUCAACCUUGUUAUGAAGGUUGUAAGCAUUUUAACAAAUUGUUAGUCAUUGUGCAUUUGUACCACAUGAAGUGUCUUAAUGGUUGGACCAACAAAUCAUUUACCAUGUUGCUGCAAUUUUUGCUUGAUUUUCUUCCUUCAAAUGCUAAGUUGCCAAAAGAUUUUUAUGAGGCUAGGAAGAUUAUUAAGGAUUUGGGCUUGAGUUAUGAGAAGAUUCAUGCUUGUCCUAAAGAUUGUAUUUUAUAUUGGAAGGAGAAUGCUAAUCUUGAAGCUUGUCUGAACUGUAACCAUUCAAGAUGGGAAAGUAAUGAGUCUAAAGGUCAACAAAGUACUAAUACUUCCUCCAAAAAAAAAAGAGAGAAGAAACCUACAAAUAUCCUACGGUGGUUCUCCUUAAAACCAAGAUUGCAACGACUAUUUAUGUCUCCUGAAACAUCCAGUCAUAUGAAGUGGCAUGCCAAAGGUCAUGUGAAUGAUGGGUUACUGAGGCAUCCUGCUGAUUCUAAAGCUUCAAAAUCAUUUGACUCUAAGUACAUAGAGUUCUUAUCUGAGCCUCAUAAUGUGAGGCUUGGAUUAGUAGCCAAUGGAUUCAACUCAUAUGGAAAUAUUUGUAGUACUUAUAGUACACGACCUGUCAUUUUGAUCCCACACAAUCUCCCUCCAUGGAUGUGCAUGAAAAGGUCUUCUUUCAUGCUAUCAUUAUUGAUUCCCGGUCCAACCUCGCCCAGGAUUGAUAUAGAUGUGUACUUACAACCCCUAGUAGAAGAACUGAAGGAGUUAUAG